AUGACGUCCAGACUCAGCAUUGGGCGGCUUACCGCCACCGCGCCCUCCCGGCUGCUCUCCCCAAGUGCCGCAUCACCCCUUGUCGCCUCGGUUACAGCACGGUGCUGCACGCAGCGUCGGACGUACUCGUCGGAAGAGGAUGCCCCGCCACCACCUCUGCUUGCCAAGCUCAGAGGCGACCUCAAGACAGCAAUGAAGGCCAAGGACAAGAACCGCCUGACAGUGCUCCGGGCUAUUAUGGCCGCGACACUCAAUGCGAGCAAGACGGCGAACCCGGUCAACACAAAUGCCAAGGUUGUGGCGCUGCUCCGGAAAACGGCAAAGUCGUCGCAGGACGCUGUGGCUGAGUUCCGUCAGGCCGGCCGGGAGGAUCUAGCCGAGCAGGAAGAGAACCAGAUCAAGAUUCUCGAGGAGUACGCAGACAGCGGCGGCGUCAAGAUCGAUCCGGCCGAGGUUGAGGCGGUGGCCAAGGAGGUCCUGGCCAAGCUGAAGGAGGAGCGCGGCGGAGCUACUGUUAAGGCCGGCGAUGUGAUCAAGAUCCUGGUGGCACCUGGUGGCCCGCUGGACGGCAAGGACGUUGACAGAGCUGAGAUGGCACGGACGGUGAAGAACUUGGUUGCCUAG